GCAGAGAAGGAAGAGGCCCUGGGAGAGGCGACGGUAGGAAACCGAGAGCUCCAGACCGUGGAGCACCGUCGCGAGCGUUCCCAGCACGCUGCGCGCCGCGCCGACUGAGCGUUGGACUACAACUCCCAGCGGCCCCUUCGCGGAACCCGCCGCAGCGGCGCCUUUGUGAGCGUUGUCCUCCGGGGCCACAGGAUCGAAGCCCGGGCCCUCCUCCUCCGUGGCCUGAGGGACAGUGCCGAGCGAGGUACCGACGCGGACCGAGGAGAAGCCCGCUUUACUUCCUCAAGACUGUGCCCUUUUCCCAGAGAACUUGGAGGAGGUGGACAGAAGAGCAGCCUUAUACUCUUCAAGUCUUAGCGCCAUGUCCAAGGAUUUGGUGACGUUUGGGGAUGUGUCUGUGAACUUCACUCGAGAGGAAUGGGAAUGGCUGAACCCUGCUCAGAGAGAUUUGUACAGGAAGGUGAUGUUGGAGAACUAUAGGAGCCUGGUAUCGCUGGGAAUUUCCAUUUAUAAGCCAGACGUGAUCUCGUUGUUGGAACAAGGAAAAGAUCCGUGCAUGGUGAAGAAGGGAGGGAGAAGAGGCCCGUGCCAUGAUUGGAAAAAUAUAUUAAAAACCUCAAAAUUUUCAUCAAAACAACAUAGUUUUGAAGAAUCAUCCAAAGCACUGACAAUGGGGAAAAGCCAUCUUAGUUAUAGCCUUGAUUGUCCCAGUUUGAACGAAGAUUCUAAAAGUGAGGACUGGUGUAAGAACAAGUUGGAAAGUCAGAAUGUACUUUUUAUUCAACGGAUUACUAACCAUAAAAUAAUUCCUGAAGAUCAGAGUAAUGAGUGUCAUAAAUCUUGGCAAACAUUCCAUCAAGAUGCAAUAUUAGAUAUACCACAGAAUUUUCCUACCAAAGAAAGAGUACAUAAGUGUGAGCCAAAAAAGAGAACUUACCGAAAAAAAUCUGUUGAAAUGAAACGUAAGAAAGUCUAUUCAGGAAAGAAAAUCCUGAAAUGCAGUGACUGUGAAAAGGUCUUCAACCAGAGUUCAUCCCUCACACUCCACCAGAGAAUUCAUACCGGAGAGAAACCAUAUGCAUGUGUUGAAUGUGGGAAAAUGUUCAGCCAGAGUGCAAACCUAGCUCAACAUAAGAGGAUUCAUACUGGGGAGAAACCUUAUGAAUGUAAGGAAUGUAGGAAAGCCUUCAGCCAGAAUGCACACCUUGCUCAACAUCAGAGAGUUCAUACUGGAGAGAAACCGUAUCAGUGUAAUGAAUGUAAAAAAGCCUUCAGCCAGAUUGCACACCUGACUCAACAUCAGAGAAUUCAUACUGGAGAGAGACCGUUUGAAUGUAUUGAAUGUGGAAAGGCCUUCAGUAAUGGUUCAUUCCUUGCUCAGCAUCAAAGAAUUCAUACAGGAGAGAAACCUUAUGUGUGUAAUGUGUGUGGGAAGGCCUUUAGUCAUCGUGGAUACCUAAUUGUACAUCAAAGAAUUCAUACUGGAGAGAGACCCUAUGAAUGUAAAGAAUGCAGGAAGUCUUUCAGCCAGUAUGCCCACCUUUCUCAACAUCAGCGAGUUCAUACUGGAGAAAAACCAUAUGAAUGCAAAGUAUGUAGGAAAGCUUUCAGCCAAAUUGCUUACCUUGACCAGCAUCAGAGGGUUCACACUGGAGAGAAGCCUUAUGAAUGUACUGAGUGUGGGAAGGCCUUCAGCAAUAGUUCAUCACUUGCACAGCAUCAGAGAAGUCAUACUGGAGAGAAACCCUAUAUGUGCAAGGAAUGUAGGAAAACAUUUAGCCAAAAUGCAGGCCUUGCUCAACAUCAAAGAAUUCAUACUGGAGAGAAACCUUAUGAAUGUAAUAUUUGUGGGAAAGCCUUUAGUUAUAGUGGAUCUCUUACUCUGCAUCAGAGAAUUCAUACUGGAGAGAGACCCUAUGAAUGUAAGGAUUGCAGGAAAUCUUUCAGGCAGCGUGCACAUCUUGCUCAUCAUGAGAAAAUUCAUACUAUGGAACCAUUCCUGACAAUUUCCUCCCCUUCACCCUCCACAUCCACUCAGUUGCCUAGAACUGUAGGGUUUAUAUCCUAAAUAUGUUCCAAAUAGGACCCAUUUGAUCCAUUUCCAUUUCAUCCUUCUCUAAUACACAUUAAUCUGUCUAAUAUAGAAAUAGAUUUCUAA